UCCCUCUCUGCUUGUCGGAAUGCAGGCAAUGACAGCGAUGUUGCAGGCCGAGAGAGAGCAGAGUCCUAAGCCAGGGAAAGGGGAUGCCCGUGACCCGGGGUCAGCUCCUGCCGGAUACUGAAGUGGGCGUGCCCGAGUCACAUCUUGGCAAAGGCGGCCCGGAGCUGAAGACCGGAGCGCCCGCUGCCCGAGAGCGAUGAAGAAGCGCUGGGGCGUGCCCGGGGCACGGGCGGAGCGGCGCCUGCCUGACGCGGAGGCGGCAGCUGGGAAGUGAGGGCUGUCCGAGGCGGGGCUGCCCCGGACGGAGGCGGGCACGGCGGCCCCGCCGGAGGCGCCCCGGCCCGGCGGGCAUUCCAGGGCGGGCACGGUCGGGGAACGGUCCGGACGGCCCGAGGCGCAGCGUAGCGGCGCGGAGCCGGUGGCCGGAGCGCGAUGAGGGCGGGCGGGGAGGCGCCGCACCAGGUGCUGGGCCGGCUGCGGUUCCUGCUGCAGUGCAGCGAGUGCUUCCGCCGCGCCCGGGCGCUGCCCGCCGCGCUCUGCUACGUGCCGCGGGAGGUGCAGUACAAGAUCUGCAAGGACCCCUCGGCCGCCGCGGCCGCCGCCGCCCGCAGCCUGCUCAGCGUGUGGGACAGCCCGGGGCCGGCGCGGGGCGGCAAGCGGGCGGCGCGGGCCACGAUCGAGGUGCGGAAGGGCGGCUGCCUGCGCGCCACCGGCGAGGAGUACUGCAACGGCGCCGGGCUCUGGGUCAAGCUCAGCAAGGAGCAUCUGGAGGAGUACACGGGCACCCGUGGCUUGGCGGAGGGCUGGGUCCUGGCGCAGAGGUUCGGAGAGGGAGGAGAUAAAUUAGUCCCAGUGGACUCCGUGCAGAGGAUCCAGUGUCAGCACCAAACGCUGGGCGUUGAUUACAGACCUGCUGUCAGCUGGGAACAAGUGGUGGACCUGACGUACUCCAUGCGCCUUGGAGAGAUGCCCAGACUCAUAGAGCAGGAUGAGGCUGCCGUGCAGAAGUUUCGGUCCGUGCCCCCAGGCUGGACCUAUGAGCACGACAUGGAGCUGGGGCGCUUCCUGUACGAUCACAGUGAGAAGAAGCUGCAGUGCAUGGACUGCACCAAGGAACACAUCAACAGCAUCGAGGUCUCCUCACACACGGAGGAUUGUGUUGCAGCCCAUCUGACAGACAACCUGACGUACACCUUCUGGGAGAGCAGCGGGCCCCCGGGGCAGCACUGGGUGCGACUCAACAUGAAGAAAGGCGCCAUUGUCAAGAGGCUGUGGCUGAUGCUGGAUGGGCAGUCCAGCUCCUAUGUACCCAGGCGAGUGGCUGUGUAUGGGGGAACACCAAGCAGGCUGCAGCACCUGAGAACAGUCCUAAUUAACGAGAACAGCUACCAGAGUGUCUGCAUCCUCCGUGACAUGAAAACCCACAUGCCCGUGCUGGAGAUCCGCUUCCUGGAGUGCCGGGACCAAGGGUACAAUGUCCGUCUGCAGGGGAUUAAGAUCGUGUCCUUCUGGGAGUGGGACCUGAUCCUGAAUUCUGACAUGUUCCAGCCAGCCCGGCUGGUUCGCUACCCUCUCCUGGAAGGGGUGGAUGCCGACGUGCUGUACCGGCGAGCUGUGCUCAUUCAGAGAUUUGUCCAGCUCCUGGAAAGUGUCCUGUGUUACCUGAUCCCCCUCUCCGAGGACAGCAUCGGCACCUUCAAUGCACUCAGGAGCAUGAAGCCAUUCCUGCUGCUGUCCAAGCAGAGUGAAGCCCUCAUUGCCCAUUGUCUGCAGUCCUCAGAGAGCUCUGCUCCUCACACCCUGCCAAAGCUCUACAUCAACAGGCUCCUGGCCCGGGAGCACCGUGCCAACCCCGCGCUGGACCCCAGCUGUAGGAAUGCCGUCUUCACCCAGCUGUAUGAAGGCCUCAGAUCUUCCAAGAACAAUCAGCCCCUGGACUACAGGUGGCCCCUGACCCACAGCCAGUGGUGGGAGUGCGAUUUCAUCACUGAGGGCAUCAUUGAUAAUGGUGGUGGCUUUCGGGACAGCCUGUCAGAUGUGUCAGAGGAACUGUGUCCCAGCUCCAGCGAUGUGCCCGUGCCCCUGCCGUUCUUUGUGCGCACCUCCAAUCAGGCUAACAGCAGCAGUGACAGCAGGGACAUGUAUGUCCCCAACCCCUCCUGCAAGGACUUCCCCAAGUAUGAGUGGAUCGGGCAGUUGAUGGGAGCAGCCCUGAGGAGCAAGGAGUUUCUGAUCCUGUCUUUGCCGGCACUGGUGUGGAAGCAGCUGGCAGGGGAGGAGGUCAGCUGGAGCAAGGACUUUGCCACUGUGGACUCAGAGCUGGUGAAGCGGCUGGAGGUGCUGGAGAGGGUGGACAAGGAAGGCUUUGAGUUCAUGUUUGGCAGAGAGUUGACCUACACAACAGUGCUGAGUGACCAGCGCAUGGUGGAGCUGAUCCCCAACGGCAGCAACACCGCUGUGCGCUACGAGGACCGCAAGGAGUUCAUCCGCCUGGUGCAAAAGGCUCGGCUGGAGGAGAGCAAGGAGCAGAUUGCAGCCAUACGUGCUGGGCUGCUCCGUGUGGUGCCCCAGCCCGUGCUGGACCUGCUCACCUGGCAGCAGAUGGAGAAGAGGAUCUGCGGGGACCCGGAGAUCACAGCAGCUGAGCUACAGAAGUUCAUCAAGUUUGAUGACUUCCCCUCUGAUGAUACCCGUAUCCAGUAUUUCUUGGAGGCACUCAACAACUUCACCAGUGAGGAUCUUAGCCGAUUCCUCAAGUUCGUCACCGGCCGGAGCCGCCUCCCAGUUCAGAUCAGUGUCUACCCGGAAAGGUCGAACUUGGAUGCGUUGGACUUGAUGCCACAGGCCUGCACGUGCUCCUGCACCUUCUUCUUGCCCAACUAUUCCUCGGCCAAGGUCUGCGAGGAGCUGCUGCGCUACGCCGUGUACAAUUGCAUGUCCAUCGACACCGACAAGAACCCCUGGGAUGAAUGACACCCCCGUGUGCCCCACGCCAGGGGAGCCUCGGGGACACUGGAUUCAAUAAAACUGCAGGGCCAGAUCCUGCUGUCCUGCCCCA